UUUGCUCUGGGUAUUUAUGUUUUUUUUGUUAGUAGUCCCUAGGAUUUGAGGUGUUUAGGCAGUUUAAUCCUUUGUUUUCCUAUUGUUGCACCUUGAAAAUCCCGUGUUACAAAUAGAUUUUUGAAUAUAUAUAUACUUGUGAAAGUUACCGGUUUGACGGACUUCCUGCAUCAUGGUGAUUACUGAUGAUGAGUGAAGCUGAGAUCCUAUUUCGAUGAGCUGUUUUUUUUAUCAAACAUUUAUUUCCAAAACAGCUUCAUGGUUGAAGUUAUUUUUUCCUUUCUCUCACAAAGACAUAAGAGUAACUUAUUGCAGCUCUCUCUUUCAUUUCUCUCUCUCAACUAUGCAUGAAGUAGUUGGUGAAGUUAUUUUGCUAAAUACUUUUUUCAAAACAGCUCAGCUUUAUCUAAAAAGACAUUUAUAAAACUAUUUUAUAAAAAAACAGGUUUACUAGUAAAAUUGAAUUGAGGUACAAGCCCUAAGCAGGAGCACCGAGCACAUUUGAGUAUUUGACACUUCCACCAAAGCGAAAGCCCCCCUGCGUCCAGCGGUGACAUGGAAUCGCACCACUCGAGCAAGACGAGCAACUGCGGAGCCAUGGAGGAGGAGGACCGGCUGAGCAGCCUCCCCGACGACCUCCUCCACGCCAUCCUCCGCGGCCUCCCGCUGAAGCAGGCCGUCCGCACCAGCGCGCUCUCCCGGCGGUGGGCGAGCCAGUGGCUCCGCGCGCUGGCCGCCUCCCGGGUGCUCGACCUCACGGACCGAGACUUCGCCCGCGGCCAGCCGCCGGCGCGGGCCGCGGCCACGGUGAGCCGCUGCCUCCGGCUCCACGCCGAGCACGGCGCGCCGCUCGACGUGCUCCGCGUGGCGCUGGCGUCCCCGCCGUCGUCAGGGGCAGCAGGGCCGAGCGACGGCUCGUUCGGGCGGGACGUCGUCGGGUGGAUCGCGGCCGCCGUGAGGAGGGGCGCCAGGGAGGUCGAGGUGGACGUCCUGCACCUGACGGCGUUCCUGGAGCUGGAGCUCCCCGGCGACCUGUUCCAGGUCAGGAACUCGCUGGAGCGGGUGGCGCUCGGCGGGCUCAGCCUCCGCGCCGUCCCUCUCCCCGCGGCGGGCCUCGCUGGCCUCCGCUCGCUCUCCCUCAGCCACGCCGACGUCACCGACGAGGCGGUCCGGGGCAUUCUCGCCAGCUGCGGGGCGCUGGAGUCCCUCAGCCUCCGGAGCUGCUCCCUGCCCACCUCGGUGAGUAUCGCCAGCGAGCGGCUGCGGGACCUGCAGCUCCUGGGCUGCCGCGCCGUGCUGCAAGAGCUCCGGGUCGCCGCGCUCGCGCUGGAGUCGCUCACCCUGUACGGCCAAGUCUGCUGGAGAGAACCUGAGCAGAUCUGGCAAGAGGCCUACCCUGUUUUCUUCGACUUCGGCAACAUGCCGGCGCUGCGGGACGCGUACCUGUCGCACGUCGGCUGCGGCGACUACAACAUCGUCCACGACAUGGCCUACCCUUACCUCUACUACGUCGUCGCGCAUGCCCGGAUCUUGACGCUUUGCUCCAUCGGCUUGCUGCUUCUUUACCAGCACGGCUGGGAUGAGAGCGCAUUCAGGGAGAUGCCGAAGCUAGAAGAGCUGCAGCUGCUGCUGGCCUCCCCACCAGAGCCCUGUUUCUACCGGAGCAAUGAAGACCAGGAGCAUGUGUCCAGUUUCUUCAUGCUCACCCCACUUCCCGUCCUCCAGCGUCUCUUUCUCCGUCUCCCCAGCGAUCCUGGAUACGGAUGGAGCAGCUCGGCAGCAGCGCGGGACGAGGAGACCGACGACGCAGACAUGACACUCGAGCACGAGAUCGUCCUUGGCCAGCUGACCUUCAUCAAGGUUGUGAAUUUUAGGGGGACAAGGCGAGAGCUGCGGCUGCUUGCCUUCUUCCUGAAGAGGGCCCCUAGCCUGGAGCAGCUGGUGCUGGUCACGCCGGAAGAAGAGGAAGCUCCCGCAGACCUAAAGGCCAUGCGAGAGAGGGUGUCAGAGUUGCAGAGGCCUCGCCGCGAGGCACGCGUCUCCGUGUGCCGGCCCAAGGAAGACGAUAGCCCGAACCAUGCACACACCAGGAUCUUCCACGAGGAUGAUGAGUAUAUAUGUGACUAAACUAUGCAUAAUGCUUGCACCGAUCUACCCCAAAAAAAUGCAGAAAUUGAGGUGUUUAUUGAUCGCCCUGUUCUACUCUCUUUUGGCAUUGUAUACUGUUCUAAAAUAUAAGCCAAUCUUAAUUGUGUCUAAA